UUCUUUUCCUGUUCGUAAAGGCGAAUAAAGAAGUUGAGACUGAAGCAAAUCGGCAAAUGCCUGAGUUGCAGAGCAGUUUUUUUUAAUAUGGUGGUAUCGUUUCUUACGGUCAUUUUCAUUACUCGCUAAAAGUAAAUUUAAUUGUGAAAAAUCAGCUAAAAGGUGUGCUCGCAACCAGAUAGAGUGCUAGUUUAGGUGUUUAAAGUGCUAUUCAAUGAGUUUUGAAGAGUAGAACUUCGUGUAACUUGCAUUUUUCACUCUGUCUAAAUGUCACAGUGAGAAUAAUACGAAUAAUACAGCCAGCGAUAGUCUGCUAGUGAUAACAUUAAGUGCGCGGAUUAGUAGUAACAGUACACCGUUGUAAAUUUUUGUCGGGAAAUAUAGUCUGCAAUGGACGGAGAAUCGGAGAAACAACCGCUGCUCAAGCAGUCGUCUCAAUCUGGACAGCCGGAUUCCGGAUCGGAACAACCAUCGCAGGCGAUCGUUACCGCUUCAUCGAUCGGACCGGACGAAGUUCCACCGUCGUAUCAGCAGGAGCAGCAGAACAGCGUCAUUGUAACAUGUCGCGUUUGCCAGGCGCUGAUAGAUAUUUCUUGGAAGAAGGAACAGCACGUUGUCAAGUGCGCGCAGUGUAAUGAAGCUACGCCCAUUCGGAAUGCACCGCCGGGCAAGAAAUAUGUCCGUUGCCCGUGCAACUGUCUGCUCAUCUGCAAGAGCUCUUCCCAGCGGGUAGCCUGUCCCAGGCCCAAUUGCAAGCGGAUCAUCAAUUUGGCGCCGAGUCCAGUAACGCCACCAUUGCUAACAAUGCCAGGCAUGUGCCGUGUCACCUGUGGCCAUUGUCACGAUACGUUCUUGUUUGACACGUUGAAGAAUAACUUGGCUAGAUGUCCUCAUUGCCGCAAGGUUUCGUCGGUCGGUGCAGAUUUCUGUCGUAAGCGGCGUAACCUGCUAUUUCUUGGUGGUUUGAUUUUCCUAGUGAUUGGAAUUGCUGUGACUUAUGGAACGAUGCCGUAUGCUAAGAGCCACAGCGGUAUUUUCAUCGCCUACAUAAGCCUAUUCUUGAUUGCGCUAUUACUUUUCGCCAAGACGAUAUACUACUGUACGUUGAAAGUGAGUAACGUGGAAGGACCGAUCUAAAACGAUCAUCUCUAGCAGAUUAGGUAAUCGGCAGAUCAGGAUGAGUUCGCUGUCUGCGCCUGUCCCCCUAUUUUUAUGUUAUAUCUCUCGUCAAAUAGCACGGAAGGAGGCUGGAUCUUCAGAAUAUCGCAACACUCAAUCACAUUCCCUACAGCAUCAUUUGCCUCAGUUUUGCUACUUGUUAUGAAUAGUUCGGUUAUGUUACCGACAUUAACUGGGUUUGUAAUCGCCAUUGAUUUUUGUAACGGUAACAGUGAAAGCCAUAUAGUGUAUCGCAAAGAAAAACUUCCAGCAGUUUAAUCAGAGUACACACUGUGACGGAGACAGAAAAAUGGGACAGCGAUGUAGGGUUUUAGGUAUAAGCUAUAUUAUGAUACCACUGAUAUAUGCGAACAUAUGCUCUACCCAAACUAUACUAUAUUCAUUCGUAGUUUUAUAAUUUUACAAAUCAAAGUUAUUUUGCUUGAAUUCAAAUCAUGUAUAAAUGGUUCAGAUAAGUAAUAAAAAAGUGAUUAUUUUUUCUGUGUUCUAGAUUUUUGUAUAUGUAUUUAAUUAUACUAGAUUGGAUUGGAUUGUGUAAUCAACGCAAAUUUAUAGCAGUCGGAUUGGCAACAUUAUUGCAGGAAAUGAUGAUUGCGAUACGAUGUUGUUAGAGAAAAUAAGUUCAAACAAUGAUUUGCAUAAAUGGAGUUCUUUAACUGGAGUAAAAAUGAACACAAAACAGCAUGUAGAACAGCAUUAUGAUUAGUCUAUACAUACUUAUAACAUUAGUCGUUCAGAAACAGUAAAUCAAAAUUCCGUAAAUUUCCCAUUCUGCGCAGACACGACAGUGGAAGAAAUAAUAUGUAUAGUAAAACCUGUAAAACAGAUUAGACUCGAUGAACAAAAAUAAACGAGUAAGAACUAGUAUGAUCAAAUUUGGUAUCUGAAAAAUCAAACAAUAGCAUGAACUCUCACAUCUUAUUCCAAUCACUCAAUAAACACACCAAAAAAAAAAUCUUCAACCUACGUAAAAUUUUUUUCACUAUAGUUUCUUUUCUCGUUCAACUUUCGUUCGACAUUAAAACGUAUGCUUGAUAGUAUGUCAAUGUUACAAUUCAAAAAACUGAAAGUAUAGAAAUACAAUAACGCUGUAAAAAAUAAAAGUUUGAAACGGUUCUGGAACCAUUAAUAAUAAUCCAACAACAUACACUUCAAUAAUAAAUAAUUAAACAUAAAAAAUACACGUUAGAUAAAUUGUAGUACGCUUA